AACUCGAGAAUAACAUUCUGAAGAACCAGGUGCUUCUCACUGCUACCUGGUUAAAAAUUUUUGGGUGCAACAGCAUCUCUCGUCAUAUUUGAAUUUGAAAAACACACCAACCUACAGACAACAUGGUUGAAGUUCUCCGUGCGCCGUCCCUGGGACAGCCACUAUCACCAGGUUCAUCCGACAUGAUGGACAUCUCAAGUAGAUUCCUCAAUGUGGACCUCGGUCCAGCCUCGGAAACAUCGAUGGUGGCAUUGCAGCAGCAGAAUGUGUCUGCAAAGGAAGCUGUAGCUAAGAAUGGCCUCCUCUGGACGCCUCGACGUGCUUUUUCCACAACUGAUUAUCCACCCUCGGUUAAUUCGUCCAUCGUCCUGCAGAGACAACACCGUCUACCCACCCCGCUUGCUACACCGAGAGAGUCUAUCGAGACAGACUUGUACUUCGAGUUCCACCCUCACGUUGCGACUACAAAGCCGCAGCUCGCGGCUUCUCCUGCCGUACUCACUCCGCGAGGCACAAACCAUGUCCAGCCCGUACGCCCACCCAUGCCAGUACAGCCAAGGUCGUACUCAGUGACAGACGUCGAGCCAGUCCCGUUUACACACCAACCGGGUGUGGCCCUUACCAUAGAGGAUCUACCCCCUGAGCUGCACUACGCCAUCUUCGACUUCUUGGACCCCAUCGACAGCACGUGCCUAGGAUUGACAAACAAGCAUUUCUACUCCAUCCACAAGCGGAUGCAUGGCAAAGUAUCACUGUCAGCUAGGCGAGAGGGUCCCAACGACAUGGAAUGGGUGUGGCGGAACGCACUUAUAUCGGGUCCGUUCGUGGCUAGCAGCGGAGUAGGCAAGCAGAACUCGCUGGCCCUGCUGUCCCCGCGGGGCCAGGUGUACUGCCGCAAGUGCCGCACAGCGCGCUGUGAGCUGCACAACCACAUCCGCGAGUGGGUCGGCGGCAACCAGGAAUACUGCGAGGUAUCGCAAAAGUUUGGCGCCGCCGCUCCCGAGAAGGCGAGGGCUUUCUGCUACCGGAGCUCUCCGAGACACCCGCACCGUUGCGGACGACACACGCGACAGCAGCGGCCCGUUCGGCUCGUGUAAGACACGGCCGGAGGGGACGGGGGCUGUCAAAAUAAAGUACAUAGUCAACUAUAAAGGUUGACUAAAGAACCGAGAAUAAACUCUAUUCUCGGGAGGAUGAGAAAUGCCUCACUACCAACUAACCAAUAUACUACCUAUUGUCUCUCCCUCUCGAGGAAGGCUUAGGUAUAUAUGCCCGUGCCGAUGGAAUUGGUCAAAUAGCAACGAUGCGGGGUGCGCGUCUUGCAGGGCCAAGUUAAGGAUCACGAUCGGCCAAAUACCGCAGACAUCUAAGUAGUGUAAAGGGCUUCAAGGAUAUGUUUGGGAAUAUUGGUUACCUACCUGGGUAGGAUAUAAGCUACGGACUUAAUGACUUAUUGGAAUAUGAGUAUGAGUAUAUAUGUUUGUGCUAUGCAUUGCAUGACUCUGCAUUGCAUGCGGAAGGGAAUACGGUAACGAGAGAAUGUCGACCUGUCG